AUGUGGUUUUCAUGGUGGGGAUGCUCAAAGAUUAAAUUGGUAAAUGUGGAAUUAACAGCUAUUAAUGGAUUGACAAUUACAAUUCCUUGUGAAAAAAAUAAUGCUGGUGGUUUUAAAGAUUUAAAUAAUUCUGGUAGGGUUAUAGACAUUCCACCUGACAAUAAAAGAAAAUUAAUACCUGUCUCAGAUGUCAUCAAUUACAUAUCUAAAAGACCUCAAGGGUUUAAAUGUGAAUUUUUUUUCCUUCAUUGGUCUUCUAAGUCAGCAAUAUUACCAAGUACUAGUCCACAAGAUAUCAUUUGUUUCAAGAAAAUCUUGCAGGAAGAUUUAUCAUUAAAUGAUCCCAGAAUAUGUCAUGAAAAUAUGUGCAAAUUUAAACAAUUUCUUGAUGGUAUUAAAUAUAGUGGUCCUAUUGCUGCAUCUACAGACAAUACAAAACUAUCAAUGAAACAGAGCUAG